UGUAUCGUCGCCAGAUCGUCCCUUUUUUGUUGGUAAAGUAGUCCGCUUCUUGUAGUGUCCGGAAGGAAACAAGCGAUCACAUCAUUUAUUCCGCUGCUAAAACCGCGGAAGCAGCUGUAAUCCAGGAUGGCUCACGGUGCCAGGAGAGAUUCUCCGGAGCUCCCGGACUUCUCUUUGCUCAAGAGGCUGGCAAGAGAUCAGCUCAUCUACCUUCUGGAACAGCUGCCGGGUAAAAAAGAUCUCUUCAUUGAAGCAGACUUGAUGAGUCCAUUGGAUCGAAUUGCAAAUGUCUCAACACUAAAGCAACAUGAUGUUGAUAAACUCUACAAAGUGGAGCACAAACCUAUUCUAAGCACCUCAGAUCAGCUCUGUUUUCUGAUCCGGCCAAGAAUAAAAACUGUGAAGUGGAUAUGUGAUGUGGCCAACACAGACAAGGCAUCUGGAAAAUUUAGAAGAUACAAGAUAAUCUUUACCCCCCAAAAGUUUUAUGCAUGUGAGGCUGUGCUAGAGGAGCAGGGCAUCUUUGGUGAUGUGACCAUUGAUGAAUGGGCUUUCUACCUUCUUCCACUGGAUGAUGAUAUCAUCAGUCUGGAGCUGCCCGAGUUCUUUCGAGACAACUUUCUGGCAGGAGACCAGCGGUGGGUGAGGACAGCCGGCAGCGCUCUGCACCUCCUUCACUCCCUUUACGGGCCUUUCUCGAAGGUCUACGGGAUUGGACGCUGUGCUAAGAUGACUUACGAGUCUUGGAGGGAGCAGGUGGAAGAGGGAGAAAAAAAAGCUCAUAAGGCUGAAAUCGGGAAUGUUUUUCUUAUUGACCGAGACGUGGACUUCGUCACGCCGCUGUGCUCACAAGUCGUCUAUGAAGGACUCGUGGAUGAUAUAUUCAGGAUCAAAUGUGGAUGUGUGGAGUUUGGACCCGAUGUCACUUCUUCUGACAAAAGUGUGAAAGUCAUGCUGAACUCUCAGGAUAAAGUCUUCGGUGAAAUCAGAAACGAACAUUUCUCUAACGUCUUUGGAUUUCUCAGCCAGAAAGCCAGGAACCUCCAGACUGCAUAUGAUAAACGUCGGGGGAUGGACAUAAAGCAAAUGAAGGCAUUUGUGUCAGAGGAGCUAAAAGGCUUGAAACAGGAGCAUCGGCUGCUUAGUCUACACAUCGGUGCCAGUGAAUCUAUAAUGAAGAAGAAAACAAAGCAGGACUUUCAGGAGCUGUUGAAGACAGAACAUUCUUUACUUGAAGGAUUUGAAAUCCGUGAAUGCAUUUCUUUCAUAGAGGAGCACAUCAACAGACAGGUUUCCAUGAUAGAAAGUUUGAGGCUGCUUUGUCUUCUGUCUAUCACAGAAAAUGGACUUCUUCCAAAAGAUUUCCGAUCAUUAAAGUCGCAGUAUCUUCAGAGCUAUGGAGUGGACCACCUACUCACAUUUUCCAACCUGAGGCAGCUGGGGCUGCUGGUCGAGCAGCAGCCUGGGGAGACACUUACGGUUAUGGAGAGCAAAGUGGGCAAACUGGUCAAUGACCGAACUGCAGGAAAGCUGACUGAUGCUUUUUCCUCUCUGGCAAAGAAAAGCAAUUUCCGAGCAUUGAGCCGAAAGCUUAAUCUGGUGCCAAAGUCAGAUGAAGAAUAUGACUUGCGUGUCCCUCGAGACAUGGCUUACAUCUUCAGCGGCGCUUACAUCCCUCUGAGCUGCAAACUCAUCGAGCAGGUGCUGGAGCGCGACGGUUGGACGGGGCUUGAAGAAGUCAGCAGGCUGCUAAACGGCCAUGAAUUUGCUGUUACAGGAAGCAGCGGAGCUGAUUUAAGAGCAAAGAGCGAAGCUAAGCACAUCAUUUUGGUCAUGUUCCUCGGUGGAUGUACCUUCUCUGAGAUUUCAGCCCUUCGUUUCCUUGGCAGAGAGAAAGGAUACAAAUUUAUUGUGGUAACAACUGCCAUUACAAACAGCUCCAGACUGAUGGAGGCUCUGCUGGACAACAACAUAUGAAGAAAUGUGACGCAUUCCUGCAGCCAACUGUCAUACAUUCCCCGAAGCACAGACUCAGAAAUAUUCACUUUAUCUGACCGCAAGAUAACUGUAAAAAUGUAUAAAGCUAAUAAACGUUGGUUUUUAAAAUUUGUGUUUCUGU